UCAAAAUUCCGUGGUCGAAAAAUUUCCACUCUCUUGUGGCUCUCGCUUCCUCUCCACUCUUCACCUUUUUCAACAUGACCAAAAUCCAAUUACAACUCACAUUUUUUGAUUUUCCAUUCACAUCAACAACAAUAUCCAAAACCACUUGGCAUUUUCCACAUGCCAACUGAACCACCAUGACCACCACCACCGCCGCCGCCGCAGCAAGUACCAGCACCGCCGCUAACUGCAAACUCUCCUCCGAUCUCCGUCCCUCCGUUUCCUUCAACAAUUUCCUCUCCUUCAACUACAUCCCUCGACGCUGCCCUUCGCGGUUUCGAGCUUCCGCUUCUCCUCCCAACACUGGCAAAGACAGCAAGAGUGAAAAUGCUCAAAACGAAGACGGUAACCGUCAGCGUGUUCCGCCGGUGCAGGUGCAGCAACAGCAACCACCACCACCGCCGUCGCUGAGUUUGGACGACGUGAACCCGGUGGGACUAGGUCGGAGGUCGCGGCAGCUGUUUGAUGAGGUUUGGAGGAAAUUCUCCGGGUUGGGGCAGAUCUCGAGUACGAUCCGCGCUGAUGAUAGGGAAGCGCUUGACGCGCUUCUUGUACGUGAAGGUCCUAUGUGUGAGUUCGCUAUCCCUGGUGCUCAGAGUACUGUUGUUCUGGUUGUUGGUGCCACCAGCCGCAUCGGUCGCAUCGUCGUUCGGAAGCUCAUGCUCAGAGGCUAUUCCGUCAAGGCUUUGGUGAGGAGGGCAGAUCAGGAGGUGAUAGACUUGCUUCCGAGGUCAGUAGAGGUCAUUGUUGGGGAUGUUGGUGAUCCUGACACGGUCAAGGCCGCUGUGGAAGGCUGCAACAAAAUAAUAUAUUGUGCCACUGCUCGCUCUACUAUUACUGGUGAUCUCUUCCGGGUUGAUUAUCGAGGAGUUUAUAAUAUGUCCAAAGCAUUUCAGGAUCACAAUAAUAAAUUGGCUCAGUUGCGAGCUGGGAAAAGCAGUAAAAGUAAGCUUCUUAUUACCAAAUUCAAAUCUGAGUCUUCAUUGGAUGGAUGGGAAGUUCGUCAAGGAUCUUACUUCCAAGAUGUAGUUGCCACAAAAUAUGAUGGAGGGAUGGAUGCCAAAUUUGAGUUCACUGAGAGUGGAGAAGCUGUUUUCUCAGGGUAUGUCUUCAAUAGAGGAGGAUAUGUGGAGCUGUCAAAAAAGCUUUCUCUACCUUUAGGUUGUACUCUUGACAGGUAUGAGGGUCUGGUUCUCUCUGUUGGCGGCAAUGGAAGAUCUUAUGUAUUAAUUCUCGAAGCUGGUGCUUCUGGGGAUCCAAGUCAGAGUAAAUUGUAUUUUACAAGAUUUAGUACAAAAGUGGGAUUUUGUAGGGUUAGAGUACCAUUUUCAUCAUUCCGCCCUGUGAACCCAGAUGAUCCAGUUUUAGACCCUUUUCUUGUACACACAUUGACAAUACGCUUUGAGCCUAGAAAACAGAGGUCCGUUGAUGCAAAUGCAACUAUGAAACAGGAUUUGAGAAGCUUUAAGCUUAUAUUGGAAUAUAUAAAAGCUUUGCCUACCGGGCAAGAAACCGAUUUUGUCUUAGUUUCAUGUUCAGGACAAGGGAUUGAGCCUUCCAGGCGGGAGCAGGUUCUUAAAGCCAAGCAGGCAGGCGAAGAUUCCUUAAGAAGAUCUGGCCUUGGGUACACAAUAGUUCGUCCAGGUCCAUUGGAGGAAGAACCUGGUGGGCAGCGCGCUCUAAUAUUUGAUCAAGGAAACCGAAUAUCUCAGGGCAUCAGCUGUGCUGAUGUGGCUGAUAUAUGUGUGAAGGCACUACAUGAUUCAACUGCAAGAAACAAAAGCUUUGAUGUAUGUUACGAGUAUGUUGCUGAGGAAGGGAGGGAGCUUUAUGAGCUGGUUGCACACUUGCCUGACAAAGCAAAUAACUACUUGACACCAGCACUUUCUGUGUUAGAGAAGAAUACAUGAUCAUCCCUCGUCGAGACAACAUGCUUCCCAGUUGUGAGAUUUCAUAUAAUCGCCUCCUUCUUUGUUCUACUUCUACUUUGCUGCUUCAAGUGGAAUGUAACUAUUUUACCUGUAUAUAUUCACGUGCAACCCAAAAUCCACGAUUUCAGAAAGUAUAUAGAUUUAUAUAUUCCUUCCUCAAAAACUGAAAUAAUACAGAAACAGAUUUCAAUAGUUAAAA